GUAUUGUAGAUUUUUGCUGCUAAAAGAAGACCUAUGUAAGGUUAGUAGCCAACAUGAGCUCCAGAAAGGCGAUGGAUGUUUCAAAUGGGGUAGGAGUAAAGAAUGGAGUGACGAAUGGUAGCCUACCGGACAAAGAAGUCACAAGAGACAACCGACCAAAAAAAGUCGACAAGACUGAAGACAGGAAACGUCUGAUGACCGCCGUACAUGUCAGCAACGUGCUGUACUACACGUGCCUGACUAUGAACAAGGGGGCCUUACCGUAUCUUGCCAAGCGUUUUGAAAUCAGCAACACUCUGUGGGGACAUAUCAUCACUACCACAGCCUUGCUGCAGUUCGUGGGAGGACCGCUAUUCGGCAGGUUCGGCGACGUGUACGGAGGGCGACUGUCACUGACGCUGUCGUGCGUUGCCAUGGCAACAUGGGCGGCCAUGUUGUCUGUGUCUACCUCGUUCCAAGGGGUACUCCUGUCGACUGUUCCGUUAGUGUUCUCUCACGUUCCCACAGCGCAUCAGAUGGUGAUCUCUGACGUCACCGAUGACGCGUCCCGUUCCGUAGAGCUGGGUGCGUUACGGGUGUCCAUGCCUGUCGGCAGCAUGAUCGGGUCAGCGCUUGGGGGGAUUCUUACUGAGACCUAUGGAACAACGACCACAUUCCUGUUCACCGCCAUGUUGUCCUGUGUGUCCGCUGUGCUCGCCUGGACGUACAUUCCGGUACAGACGAAACAGCGUAGAGACAAAAGACUGUCUCCAAAAAAAAGAGAAAUCGUCAACUUCCGCGAGAUCGCGAGACUACUAAAGAUCCCGGCUGUGGCCCACCUUCUUGGCAUGAAGUUUGCGUUCAUCUUUGCGAACAUGAUCAUACUGAACUCCUACCCCAUCAUCGUCAGGGACACGUUCGGGAUGGGGCCACAGGAGGCCGGGAUCUUUGCCAUGUAUAACAGCAUGGUGGCUGUGGUAUUUCAAAUGGUCGCGAUCCGUCCCUUAACCAGACGAUACAAGGACUUCCAUCUGAUGUUACUGUCUUCACUGGUGCUGACGUCGUCCUACGUCAUAGCUGCCGCUAUGACGGAGAGAUGGCACCUUUACCUGUUCGCUGUCUCCAGAAGCUUCGGAGUAAACCUCAGGAACACAGUCAUCAUGGCGGCCUUGUCAAAAGCGUCACCUCGGGAGGAUACAGGCGCAGUGAUGGGGUUGGGAGCGAUGGUCGUCAGCCUGACGCAGGUCGUCUCUCCACCAAUAAGCGCCUAUAUUCUGGAUCACGUGGGUUACCCGUUUUUAGGAGUUACAAGUGCCACUAUCACUGUCAUGGUGGCCGUGUUUAUACUAAUGACUAAGGACGAGUUUAGAUGA